AUGUACUACAAGAAUAAGCUCUUCUUCAACGACAUCAAGGAGUCGCGCCUUCGGUGGGUGCUCGUGGCGCCACAGAACGCCGCCUCCAUCAUGCGCCUCGUCAAGGAGGCCUUUCAUCAUAAGAACAACAUCAAGAUCAUGAUCAGCCACGAUCCCGACACCGGCAUGCGCGGAUGGGUGCCCUUCACCGCACCUGCGCAAGCAGCUCCGCGAUGCCUUAGGCGAGGGCGCAAGAUCUCGAGCAGCGUCACCCUCCCCAUCAUCAUUCCGGCCUAA